AUGGUCAUUUCGAAAUUUCGCCGCAAUCCUUCCUAUUACGGUAUUUUCCUACGGCAAUACGGCACUGUAUACCUCAUGCUCCUCACUGGCUCACAAUUUUUGGUGCAAAUUCAAGGCAAAUCUGCUCUUAUCGCUUCAGUCGAAUAUCUCCCUUUCGCUAUCGCUCCCCUAAUUGUUAUGCCCGUGUUUGGGGUGCUACACAACAAAGUUGAUCCUAAAUGGGUGAUAACGGCAGGCGAAGCAAUUGUCAUUGUGGGUAACGUAUUAUUUUCCAGAAACAGUUUUGAUACCGCGUAUUGGCGGUUUAUGUUCCCUGCCACCAUUCUCAUUUCAGUUGGAACUGCCGCCUUCUUUGUCAACAACAUCAACAUUGCAGUUGCAGGGGCUCCCAAGGCCGAUCAGGGACUGGUUGCCGUCGUGGUUCAAAGCGUAUCUCAGGCAUCAGUUGCGAUAGCCUUUUCCAUUUCUGGGUCGUUCCUGACCGGAAAAACACCUACAGCACUCUUACAAGGAUACAGAAAUGCUUUCUAUUGCGCCUGUGGAUUCCCAGGUGCUGCGUUGCUGAUUACAAUAGCAUUGCUGCGCAAAAGGGACUUGGCUAUACCAGACGGCUCCUCCGAAUCUUCGGGUAAUUAA